AAAAAAAUCUCUCAUACUCUUUGUUAUUCAACUUUAAUCUUCGCUGGAAGUUGUUGUAUUUUUGAUAUUAAAAAUAAUAAAAGAUUUAUAUAAUGGAUUUAGAGAAAAGCUUAGAAUAUGAGAAUUUAGAGGAAAGUUUAACGGAUAAGAAUGAAACUUUUUAUAGUGAAUAUGAUGAAAAUGAGAGUUUCGAUAAUGUAGAGGAAAAUGAAUCUUUAAAAUCUUUAUUUGAAUUAGAUUUUAAUAUGCUUACAAAUGCAAAAAAAUUAGUUCAACAAAAUAUUUCAGAGGAAGAAGACAAUUGGGAGAAUCUGAGUGAUAUAGGAAGUAAUUUUUCUGAGACAGAAUCUGAUGAUGAGCGUGAUGAAAUAAUUACUAAAGUACCAAAUAAUGAAAAUUUAACUCUAUGCGUUAUAAUUGAUAUGUUAGAUGGUAAAAUUCAGCGGUGCAACUCUAAAAAAAAAUUGAGACGACUUUGGCAAAUGAUUGGAAUUUGGCAAAUUGACAAUGAAGAAGUUAAAGCAAAAAAUUUUUUAAUUGAAAAUUUAGGUGUUUGUUAUUCGCAUUUUUUAUAUGAUCAAAAUCAAUUGCAUUCAUCAAAUUAAAACAAACUAAAGAUUAUAUGGAAAGUAUUAUUCAUAGACGCAGAUGUUUAUUUUGUA